UGGGCUCAAGGCGGUGGGCUGCUCCACAACCCGUGUCCCAGUGGACGCGGCCGUAUGAUGCCACGUUCCCUCGGGCGGCGUGUAUGCAGGUUUGCUCGGAGGAAUUCUCUGAAGCAUGUCCUCAUGAGGUAAUCCUAUUUAUUAUGAACCAUUUUAAUUAAACACAAAGUUGUUGUUCGCUGUUUGUGAAAGACGUAAAAAAUGUUAACGGACCUAUGGAUUUUACUCAGAAUGAAUAACAAGGUUAUAACUGACUUCCUUCAUGCACUAAAGAAGUGUUUGUAAUUAAAAUGGAUAGCGCAUCGUUACAUAUUGGGUCUCAGUGUUUCUCCACAUGCUGUGUGUUCAGGUGAAUGAGGACUGUCUGUACCUGAACAUAUAUGUUCCUGUGAGGGUGAAGCUCUCAGUGAAGACCACAGCUCAGCUUCCUGUCAUGGUGUGGAUCCACGGAGGUGACUUCAUCGCCGGCUCCGCCUCCAAACCUCUGUAUGAUGGAAGCUUCAUCAGUAACUAUAGCAACACUUUGGUGGUAAACGUGGAGUAUCGCCUGGGAGCGUUCGGGUUCCUGGUGACGGGGCAAGAUCCUGAAAGAUCUGCAGUAGGAAAUUAUGGAAUUCUGGACCAGCAGGCGGCGCUGCACUGGGUCCAAACAAACAUCGCAGGGUUUGGUGGAGACCCAAAGAAGGUGACACUAUUUGGUGAAAGUGCUGGUGCUCAGUCAGUGUCUUUACACCUGAUGAUUAACAGCAGUGAAGCUCUGUUCAGACAUGCUACCAUACAGAGCCAGCCUUUCUCCAUCCCCCUCAAAACCAGGUGGGAUGCCAUGAAGUUGGGCAGGAACGUUGUGAAACAGACGAACUGCUCAGUGUCUGACCUGCAGUGUCUUCGCUCCCUCAGCGCACUCACUGUCCUGCAGGCUCAGGUUAAAGCAGGUUCUAAGAUCAUCAACCCGUUCCGCUUCCUGGAGGUGUUUGAGACGUGGGGGCCUCAUGUGGAUGGUGACCUGAUCACAGAGCAGCCCAUCACUGCCUUCCAGAGGGGACACUGGCAGAGUUAUAAACCUGUUAUAAUGGGAACUACGUCUGAAGAGGGCGUGAUUUUUGUAUACGGAGCUUUUAAUGGCUCGGUGUCGGUGCUGGAGUGUGUCGUCUACACCACCGCCAUCUUCAAACAGCACACACUCAAAGUCCUAGAGAAAUACCUUCCCGUCUACCAUAACGUGGACAAACGGACGAUGUUGUCUCAGAUCGUAACGGAUUUCGUCUUCCUGUGUCCGGCUCGGCGGGCCGCUCGCUCUGCGCUGGGAAUGGGCGGAGCCCUGUGGCUGUACGUAUUCGACCACACCCCUUCAGAUCACAAAAUAUGGGCGGGGCUGACUUUCUGUUACGAUCACGCCUGUCAUGGGGCAGAGCUCCCCUUCCUGUUUGACUCUGCUCCUGCUGCGAACUUCAGUUUCACUCCUCAGGAGCGUCGUCUGGCCAAUCAGAUGGUGUGUUACUGGGGGGCGUUCGCUCACUCCGGAGAUCCGAACUCACACAGGAAACACACAACCUUCUGCAGGAAGCAGAGGCUCGCACCGUGGCCUAGAUACGGGUCUGCUGAGCGAUGGCCAGUUCUGAAUUUAACUCUGCAGUCUCACCUUCAGCUCGGAAACAGAGAUGAGUUCUGUGACUUCUGGGAUCAGCUGAAUGUUUACUGAGAAACAAACAAUAACUAACACAAGACUUUUAAUCUGCCUUAAUUAGAACUUUUAUUUUUCUUGUAGAAAGUGUUUGUUUUAAACCAGAGCUGACCCUGACCUCCCUGGGGCCCUGAGGAGCCAGUAACCCAUUUACCACACACACACACACACACACACGCACACACACACACACACACAGUCAGCACUGCACAGCUAAUGUAGUUAGUCACAGAGACUACAGACAGAAUCACAUCAACUUUACUGUUAUUUGCUCUCGCUGACAUCAAACCUGAAGAGAACAAAAGUUUACCUCUUUGCUCUCGCAAACAUCAACACGCUGUAAACCGAGGCAGGGGAGGCGAGGCCUGGUGUACAACUUGUGUAGUGAGCGUACACUGUAGGGCCGAUCGGCUCUGUUUUAAACCGACGCGUCAAAGCGAAUUAACACAAUUAUUAAUGCUCAAUUUAUUUUAAUGUGGAACAGAAACCGACUUUGUUCUUAGAAUUAAACUCAUUGUAGAUUGAAUAAGUGACUAAAAUUAAUCUUUUAUUAGUGUGGAGUUUGUGUAACUGUGUGUGUGUGUGUGUGUGUGUGUGUGUGUGUGUGUGUGUGUGUGUGUGUGUGUGUGUGUGUGUGUGGUGAAAAGUCACAUGUCUGUGGAAUGAAAUGAUUUAUUCAGCUAAUAAAAGUUUGGUACCUUC